GGCGACUUUAUAAAAGUGCGUGUGCACGGAGUCAGGCAGUGAGCAAACAAGUUCGAAACUCUCAUUGUGGUGAAGCCCAUUACAGAGCAUGAUGGGGAACAAACUCAUGGCAUGGGCACUGCUGCUCUACCUGACCUCACAGGUUUGCUGUCAGCAGUGUGGUGGGCCAUGUCAGUGUCCAUCUGUACCAGUAUGCCCGGAGGGGGUUCCUCUGAUUCUGGAUGGGUGUAAAUGUUGCAGGGUGUGUGCCCGGCAGCAGGGUGAGGCAUGCAGUGAGCGGUUUUUGUGUGACACUCUGCAUGGUCUUCAGUGUGACUAUAGCGCCAGCUUCCCUGGUGAACCAGGAGAGUGUGUCAGUCAGGAGGAACUGGGCUGUAAGUUUAAUGGAGUGUUGUACCAAGAAGGCCAGGUGUGGCAGCCAUCUUGUGCCCUUCAAUGUCGCUGUUCAGGCGGAGGGGUGACCUGUGUGCCCCUGUGCAGAGAAGAUAUUCUCCUACCCACCCCAGACUGCCCCCACCCACAGAGGGUUCUGCCACCGGGCAAAUGCUGUAAAGAGUGGGUUUGUGAAAAUAUGAACAACACUGUGCUUGGGGAUGAUAUCAUAGCUGCAAACCGUGAUCCACACCAAACCAGGCCCGGCUCAAAAUGCAUAGACCGGAGCACAGAGUGGAGCUCUUGCUCACAAACCUGUGGGCCUGGGAUAUCAACAAGAGUGUCCAAUCAAAAUCCGGCCUGCCACCUUAAGAAGCAGACACGCUUGUGUAUGGUCCGACCAUGUCAGCCCGUUCUCAACAGUACCCCAAAGGGGUCAAGAAGAAAAUGUCAGCGCAGUUACCCGUCAGAAAGUCAGCUGUAUUUGUUCCAUCUUGGCUGCAAAAGUGUGGAGUCUUACAGGCCCCGUUAUUGUGGCCUGUGUACAGACAACCGCUGUUGUACUCCACACCGCACUGAGACCAAAAUGUUCACGUUCCAAUGUCCUGAUGGCAGAACAUUUAAACAAGCUGUCAUGACCAUCAACUCCUGCGUCUGCCAUAACAACUGCCCCAAUUCAUCUGCGGGAGCAUAUAGAGGAAGAUCCAUCUGGGCUUAGACAUCCCCCACAUGUUAACAGAUCACUGAUCCCUGGGUCUUUUUGAUGUAGUGGCUUUAUAUACAAGUCUUAACUUAUUCUUAAUCUUGAAUAUCAAUCAAAAAACUUCAUUGAGCAACAGUAAGGAAAACCCCAUUUAAGAGUGCUACAUUUUAGCGGCAUAGAUUGCAGUGAGAUAAUUACUGUAACCACCAGUGAUGGCUGUUGACUUCUCUUUCGAGGGGCGUGACGCGCAAAACACAUUAUUUUAAAAUUAUGAACCACACACAUGACGGGCUACAUGUUGUGACAAACUUCGCAUCGAGCACCCUCAAAAAAGAAGUCAUCGGCCACCAACUGAAGUUUAUACACCACUGAAAACAUGUGCGGAGGGAUGUUAUGUAUAUUAAGUAUAUUACAUUUCUGUCAAUAGAUCCUUCUAGAAUUUACACAUUGCAGUUUUAAGCAUGAUGAGACAUCAUUACAUAACAUCAAGGUGUAUUUCAUCUAGUCUAAAAUGGAUAAAAAAUUGACCACAUUUUUAAACUCAAAUUUAUAGUCAAGUCCUAUAUGUGACAUUUAUUAUGUAUGGCACCUGUAUGCAGGCUUAUAUUUGAAGACGGGUGCUAUAGUUAAGGUAAUGCAAAGAUUUAUUGUACAUAUUUGUAAAUACUUUUUCUGUAUGUACGCUUUGCAUCUUUAUUACUUUGGAUUUAAAAUCUGUAUUUCCCUGAAAAGGUUUCAGGGUGAACUACCUAAUCUACCACCUCACAUACUUGUAGUCAGUACUGUAAUUAAACAACGCUCUCCUCAGUUCUUAAUAAUACAAAAUAAUAAUAAAGA